AACACCUUGAAUACUCAUUCAGUUCACCUUGAAUGGCCAAUCCCACGACGAGCUCUCCGUUAUUGAAUGUCCAUGAAGGUGGAGGAGAUGAUAAAGGAAGGAUAAGAACAUCAACUUGGGUUCAAAAACUGGUCGAUGUGGAAGAAACAAAGGCUCAGAUUAUUUACUCUCUGCCAAUGAUACUAACCAAUCUUUUCUACUACUGUAUUCCUAUGACUUCUGUGAUGUUCGCUUCUCACCUCGGCCAACUCGAGCUUGCCGGUGCCACUCUGGCCAAUUCUUGGGCCACCGUCACCGGUUUUGCCCUCUUGAUAGGGUUAAGUGGAGCACUUGAGACAUUGUGUGGACAAGGCUAUGGUGCAAAAAGCUACAAAAUGAUGGGGAUUCAUCUACAAUCAUCUUGCAUUGUCUCUUUAGUCUUCACCAUCCUCAUCACCAUCUUAUGGUUCUUCACAGAAUCAGUUUUCGGACUUCUAAGACAAGAUCGUAGCAUCUCAAAACAAGCUGCUCUAUAUCUGAAGUACCAGGCUCCUGGUUUAUUCGCUUACGGGUUCUUACAGAACAUUCUGAGAUUUUGUCAAACACAAUCUAUCGUUACUCCGCUAGUUGUCUUCUCGUUUGCUCCCUUGGUGAUUAAUAUUGGUACCACAUAUGCUCUAGUUGAUUUAGCCGGGUUUGGAUUCAUUGGUGCUCCAAUAGCUACAUCUAUUUCAUUGUGGAUAGCUUUCCUUUCUCUCGGAACUUAUGUGAUGUUUUCAGACAAGUUUAAGGAAACAUGGACUGGAUUCUCGUUGGAAUCAUUCCGUUAUGUAGUACUAAACUUGACAUUAAGCAUCCCUUCUGCUGCAAUGGUAUGUUUGGAAUAUUGGGUGUUCGAGAUUCUUGUUUUCUUGGCAGGAGUGAUGCCAAAUCCAGAAACUAAUACCUCUUUGGUAGCUAUAUGUGUCAACACGGAAUCGAGUAGCUACAUGUUAACAUACGGAGUUAGCGCAGUUGCAAGUACGCGUGUGUCCAACGAACUUGGAGCUGGAAAUGUAAAAGGCGCAAAGAAUGCAACUUAUGUGUCCAUUAAGUUGUCUUUAUUUCUUGCUCUUGGCGUAGUGAUUGCUCUACUUGUAUGCCAUGAUGGUUGGGUUGAAUUAUUUAGCAAUAGCCUUGAGAUUAAAGAGGAGUUUGCAUCAUUGAGAUUUUUUCUUGCUGCCUCUAUAACUUUUGAUUCGAUCCCAGGUGUUCUAUCAGGAGUUGCAAGAGGAUGCGGGUGGCAGCGUUUAGUCACGGUUAUAAAUUUGGGAACAUUCUACUUAAUUGGAAUGCCUAUUGCUGCCUUUUGUGGUUUCAAGUUAAAGUUUUACGCCAAGGGUUUGUGGUUUGGUCUGAUAUGUAGAAUGUUCUGCCAAUCCUCAUCUCUCUUGCUUAUGACAAAUUUCCGGAAGUGGACAAAGCUGAAUGUUGCCACUGUCUAGAGCACAUUUCUUUUCUUAAGCAAUAUACACGAAUAGCAAAAGAUUUGGACGCUCUUGCAUUACUUUUUAAAUUGGGAAAUUUGUGAGAUAAACAAUACACCAUGCAACAUCUGAAAAAUAUGUAUAGUUAAGACUUAAGAGUCAUCGGAUGUAUAAUGGUUUAAUUAGAUUAUGCAACCACUAACAAUAAGUAUCAAACUAGUGGCGGAUGUAGAAGAAAAUAUUGUAUGGGGCACUAUUCAAAAUAUUGAGAAGAAAAUAAUGAAAUGAAAACAAAAACUACAAAUAUGGGGCAUUGA